CAAUGGCAGAGACAAUGACACCCUGAGUGAAUGACAGUGUCUGAGAGGUUAUGUAAUCAAUCAUAUAAAUAUGCAUGUAAGACAAAUGUGCAUGCCUGUAAUCCUAGCACACAGGAAGUGGAGGCAGGAGUAUCAGGUGUUCAAGAUCAUCAUUGGCUAUUUAAUUCAAGGGUGGUGUGGGCUACAUAACCCUAUUAUCUUAAAAAAUGAACACAAAAUCACAUGUAGGUCAGAUGAGAUGGCUCAGCAGUUAAGUGAACUAGGCACAAGCAUAGUAACCUGUUUUCCAUCCCCAGAACAUACCUGUUGGAAGGAGAGAACUGACUCUCAAAAGUUGUUCUCUGACCUAGUAAAAUAAAAAGAGAGCAGCAAGAUGGCUCUGUGGGUAAAUGCACUUACCAUCAGACCUGACAACCUGAGUCUCUGGGACUCAAUGGUAGGAGGAAAGAACCAACUCUUACAAGUUGUCUUCUAACCUACUCACACAAAAACCAAAUAAAUAAAUGUAUUUUAAGAACAAGAAUGUGAGCCUGUUCCUAAGAAGCUAUACUAGAGACUAGAAAUCCAGAAGUCUGUAUAUAGGUGAAAAAAAAAUAAGACAAAAUAAGAGAAAGUGAUUGAGACCAAAUGAGGCCAUAUCUGAGAGAUCACAGAAUGGAUGUGCCAGGGCCUCCUCUGUUUGUCCUCUUCUUCCACAGGCCCCUCCUGCUCAGUCUCCUGGCUUAGCCUCCAGUGCUUCAAAAGUUGAAAUGCUGAGAUUCACCUGGGCUUUGCCCAGCACUCCUUCCUCAGGCAUCAUCUCUAGAUAGUCUUCUCUGGUCCUAGCAUUUGAAAUAGAUGCUGGAAGGUGAUGUCUAGUUUUCUUUAAUGUCCUGUUAGCACUUACUAGAAAUUCAUCUUUUAUUUUAUUUAUUGAUUGUCUGAGUAGAUCUUUGUUGUUCAUCUACUGUUAGCUCAUGUCUGUCUGGUGUCCUGAAGACCUAGCAGCUAAGAAAUUAGACAAAAGUUUCUGCCCUUCUCAACACUCAGGAUUCUGAGGCAGCAGGGUUGCCAUGAGUUCAAAGUCCACUUGGGCUACAUAGAAGUACCUUAUUUCAAAACAACAGUAGCAUCGAGAUGUGUGUGACUGAAGCCUUUAAUCCCAAUGGUUACCAUGAGUUCAAGGCUAGACACUGUCUCAUCUGCCUCCCCUCCCCCCCAAAAAAAACUUCCUUUAUGGGACUGAUAACUCAGGGAAACUGACAAGACAGAUAAGUAAAUUAUAUCAGGCAGUAAUAAAUAAAACCAGAUUCUCAUUCUUUGUUUAAAUAAGGAAUCUGUUAAAUCGUUUGAAUACCUUAGUGUGUGGGAGAAAAAAAGUGCUGACAACCUUCAUCCACAGGGAAUCCUAUGAGUAUGCCAUGUAGGAACAAAGGAAAUAUCGAUUAUAACAUUAUUACCAGGGUAAAGGGUGAUUGAAUAAUGGAGCCAGGCAGAAUUGCAGGUUUGUUUUUACAAGAUAACAGCACUGACAGCUGAAGUCUUGGAAUCUUAACAAGAUCCCUUUGUUCAAGGGCACACAGUUACAGACAAAGAUAUAGGGUACUUAUAUGAUGGAUAUAAAUAUUAACAGAAAUUUUGUCACCCCUGUCUUAGUUAGGGUUUCUAUUGCUGUGAUGAAAUGCUAUGACCAAAAAGCAAGCUGAGGAGGAAAGGUUUAUUUGGCUUACACUUCCAUAUUGCUGUUCAUCAUCGAAGGAAGUCAGGACAGGAACUCAAACAGGGCAGGAACCUCGAGGCAGGAGCUGAUGCAGAGGCCAUGGAGGGGUGCUGUUUACUGACUUGCUUCCCAUGGCUUGUUCGACCUGCUUUCUUAUAGAACUAAGGACCACCAGCCCAGGGAUGGCACCACCCACCAUGGGCUGGACCCUCCCCCAUUGAUCACUAAUUAAGAAAAUGCCUUACAACUGGAUCUCAUGAAGGCAUUUCCUCAACUGAGUUCCUCUCUGAUGACUCUAGCUUGUGUCAAAUUGGCACACAAAAUCAGCCAGUACAACCCCCAAAUCAAGAGCAGAUCCUUGAGGGACUUCUAUUUCAACCCCUGAUGAACUUACUUUGUCUUGAUUCAAUUUGUAGAGUGGUACUUAUCUGUGACUGCAGGAGAACUAGAGUGUCACCUUUCUCAAGCUCCUUUUUGUGGAUUAUAAGGAUCGUUUUUAUUUACUUCUUUAUUUUUGUGAUGCUAAAGAUCAAACCCAAGGUCUGUCUCAUGCUAAGUAGGCAGUCUACUACUAAGCCCCAGGGCACAAGAGUGCUGUUUUUAAAAGCAAGUUCUAGAAUUUCACUCAUUAAGGCUUGUUUUAAAAAAUUAGAAAAUAAAAAGGUCUAUGGAGCUCAGAUUUUCCUUGGGGAAAAUGGGCUGAAGAUGUAUCAGUCAUUAACAGUGAAACAAGGCACUUGUAAAAUUUUUUUCUCUAGAUAUGACCCACCAAGAAAACUAAAGAGGGAUCAAGGACCAAAAUAGCGUUUCUCCAAGUUCUUCAAACCAGCCAUCAGUGUCUCUUGGGAGAUUUUUAGAAAUGCGUUAGUGGAGCCCCAUGCCACACCUGCUGAGAGAGAAAUAGGUGGUACCCAGCAAUCUGCAGUUGGAUUGAGAAGCCCUGUUGGUGAUUCUGUCCUAAGGCUAGAGAGUGAUGCCAUCCAACAAGGGUCACAGGAAAAGAUGUUUAUUGCUACUCUCCCCUUGUAGAGUAUGAGUUCUUCAGAGGCAGUGAUUUUUAUCUGUCCUGUUCUCUAUGCUAUUUAAUGCUGAGAACCACUCUAACACUUAAUAAAUGUUAACAAUUUAAUAAACACAGCCAGGCACUGUUCUAAGUAUUUUCAUUCUCAGUCUGUGACAAAUCUGUGUCAGGUGCUUUAUUUUUUCAGUACUGGGGAUCAAACCCAAAACGACUCACAUGCUGGGCAAAUGGCAUACCUCUGAGCUAAACUCUCAGCCAUCCCUUUGCUUGCUUGUUUGUUUUGGCUUUGAUUUUUCGAGACAGGGUUUCUCUGUGUAACUGUCCUGGCUGUCCUGGAACUUGCUUUGUAGACUAGACUGGCCUCGAACUCACAGAGAUCUGCCUGCCUCUGCCUCCUGAGUGCUGGGAUUAAAGGUAUGCUCCACCACUGUCCAGCUUGCUUGUCUAUUUUUAAAACUUUCUCUGUAGCCAAGGAUAGCCUUGAACUUCUUCUGAUCAUCUUGCCUCUACCUCCCAAUUGCUAAGACUACAGGUAUCCAUUGUUAUGCUCAAUUUAUAUGAUGCUAAGUAACAAACUGAGGGCUUCAUCGAUGCUAGGCUAGCACUUUACCAACUGAGUUACACCUCUGGCCACCCCAGCCUUUAAACAUUUACUACACAUGCCACCAUGCACAUGUGGAGGUCAGAGGACAACUUAAGGGAGUCAGUUAUCUCCUAUCAUGUGAGCUCUAGGAAUUAAACUCAGGUCAUCAGGUUUUGCAGCAAGCACCUUCACACACUGAGCAAUCUCACCUCCUCCCUGCUCUUCUUUAAAUUUUAUUUUUGAGACAGAAUCUUACUAAAUUAGCCAAGGUAGCCUUGAACUCACACUGUAGCCUAGGCAAGCCUUGAACUUUCAUUCUGCUUGUUUGAACCUCCAAAGUAGCUAAGAUUACAAGCCUGUACAUCCCAGGGCCCUGUUUGUGUGCACAUUUUACAGAAAAGGGAAACAGGCCUAGAAGCAAAUAUUAUCUGCCCUAGGUACUCAUAGAACAUGGCCCAACUGAUUCUCUCUUCUCUACCCCUGUGGACCCUAAGGGUUUCUUCAGAUGGCCCCUUUGGGCAGUGGGUAUGCCUGAAACACCCUCCAUCCCCACCCACUUCUGAAUCACUUCCCACACAAUGCCACUUCCCUUUCUCACUUCCCUUGUGUUGACCUCCCACACAUACAUGCUGACCACAGGAACCUCACUUUUAGGAAAGAGGUGGGUUUUCAAGAAGGAAGAUGAAGCACUUGCCCUGAUGCCUUCUCCUAGACAGACUACCUGAGGAGGGCUACCCUCAUUUCACCCUUCUUCAGUACCCCCAUUGAAGUUGAUCCUGUCACUAUAGUCAAGAUUAUGCAUUUUACAGGUAAGAAAAUGAGCCAGCCAUGGUGUGAUAUGCCUGUUCAAGGCAAGCCCAGUCUACAAAGCAAAUUUCAGGCUUGGCUACAUUAUAAAACUUUUUCUUAAAAAAAAUAAGGAAAACUCAGGCUGAAAAUUUAAAGUGACUUAUCCAAGGUCAUACACCCAGGUGGUUCUCCAGAUUUUCAGGCUCCAAUGCCCUUGAGUGAGAAUUUGUCUCAUACGAAUUAAUUGAAAACUAAGAGGUGUCUGAGUGGAGUGGGGUAUUAGGUGGCAAAGAUUGGGUGUCAGAAGCAGGAACAAGGGUGACACGGGAAAUGAAAAGGAAAGAGAAGAGGAGGAGGCAGAGGGCUCAAGGGAGAGGUCAGAGCUAAAGAGGUCACACCCUCCCAGUUCCUUCUGCUCUGGGUUCCUCUUUCCUGAGCAGAUCAGCCCAGAUUAAGCCAGGCCUCCUCUCUGUAAGAGAGUACAAAAUGCUUGCUGGAAUGCAAGCCCCUCAGUCGUUCCUGCUGCUACUGCUUACCCUGCCAGCCACAGGUAAGUGGGUGAGGGCCCAGAUGUCUUCCCAGGGAUGCCUAGGCCAACCACACCCUGAUUGUCCAUUCUUCUCCCCUGAUCUUACAGGUUCAGACCCUGUGCUCUGCUUUACCCAGUAUGAGGAGUCCUCUGGAAAAUGCAAAGGCCUGCUUGGGGGAGAUAUCAGUGUGGAAGACUGCUGUCUCAAUGCUGCCUAUGCCUUCCAAGAGCACGCUGGUGGUCUCUGUCAGGCAUGCAGGUCCCCACGAUGGUCACCAUGGUCCUCAUGGGCCCCCUGCUCGGUUACAUGCUCUGAGGGGUCCCAACUGCGACACAGGCGCUGUGUGGGCAGGGGGGGGCAGUGCUCUGAGAAGGUGGCUCCUAGAACCCUUGAGUGGCAGCUACAGGCCUGUGAAGAUCAGCCAUGCUGUCCAGAAAUGGGUGGUUGGUCUGAGUGGGCACCGUGGGGGCCUUGCUCUGUCACCUGCUCCAAAGGAACCCAGACCCGUCAACGAGUAUGUGACCACCCUGCUCCUAAGUGUGGGGGCCACUGCCCAGGAGAGGCCCAGCAAUCACAGGCCUGUGACACUCAGAAGGUCUGCCCCACACAUGGGGCCUGGGCAGCCUGGGGCCCCUGGAGCCCCUGCUCAGGAACCUGCCUUGGCGGAACUCAAGAACCUAAGGAGACACGAAGCCGCACAUGUUCUGCACCAGCGCCUUCCCACCAGCCCCCUGGGAAGUCCUGCUCAGGACCAGCCUAUGAGCAUCGGGGCUGCACUGGCCUGCCACCCUGUCCAGUGGCUGGUGGCUGGGGGCCAUGGGGCCCUGUGAGCCCCUGCUCAGUAACCUGUGGCCUGGGCCAGACCCUAGAACGACGGACAUGUGAUCGCCCUGUACCCCGUCAUGGGGGCCUCUUCUGUGCUGGUGAUGCCACUCGGACCCACGUCUGUAACACAGCCAUGCCUUGCCCUGUAAAUGGGGAGUGGGAGGCCUGGGGGAAGUGGAGUCACUGCAGCCGUGUGAACAUGAAGUCCAUCAGCUGUGAGGAAAUCCCGGGCCAGCAGUCACGCACAAGGAACUGUGGAGGCCGCAAGUUUAAUGGACAGCGAUGUUCUGGGAAAUACCAGGAUAUUCGACACUGCUAUGACAUCCAUAACUGUGUCUUGAAAGGUUCAUGGUCACAGUGGAGUACCUGGGGUCUCUGCACACCACCAUGUGGACCCAACCCCACCCGUGUCCGCCAGCGCCUCUGCACACCUUUGCUUCCCAAUUUCCCGCCUACAGUUUCCAUGGUCGAAGGUCAGGGUGAGAAGAAUGUUACCUUCUGGGGAACCCCACGGCCACUGUGUGAGGAGCUACAGGGGCAGAAGCUGAUGGUGGAAGAGAAACGGCCAUGUCUACAUGUGCCUGCCUGCAAAGACCCAGAGGAAGAAAAACCCUAAAAUCCCUCAAUAAACCAGCCUUUCUAAACUCUUCUAAGAUUCCUUAAAGAAGGGGGGAAACCUGCCCCCUUUCCUUGAUUGAGGCAAUGAAUUUUCUAGAGCAAAGUA